AUGAAGUUGCAGUACCAUUAGUGGAGGAAAGUAUUGAUACUGUCAGACUUACUGCCAGAUGCUGUGAAACAUGGCAGGAUGGGAAUUACUAAAGCUCUUACUGGAUGAUGUCCAGGAACAUUCCACACUUAUUGGGAAAGUCUGGCUAACCGUACUUUUUAUCUUCAGAAUAUUUAUUCUGAGUGUUGCAGGUGAGUCUGUGUGGACAGACGAGCAGUCAGAUUUCAUCUGUAACACUCAGCAGCCUGGCUGUACCAAUGUCUGCUAUGAUCAGGCCUUCCCUAUUUCACAUGUUCGCUAUUGGGUGCUGCAGUUUCUCUUUGUCAGUACACCUACCUUGAUCUACUUGGGCCACAUGGUUUACCUGUCUAAGAAAGAGGAGAAGGAAAGACAGAAGGAGAAUGAAUCAAGGAUUCUGGUGGCAAAUGAAGCACAAACAGAAGUACACUCUUCUGCUACUAAGAAAAUAAGGAUUCAAGGGCCCUUGAUGUGCACAUACACCACCAGUGUAGUCUUCAAAAGUAUUUUUGAAGCUGGGUUCCUGCUAGGCCAGUGGUACAUAUACGGCUUUGUGAUGUCUCCAAUAUUUGUGUGUGAGCGAAUCCCAUGCAAACAUAAAGUUGAGUGUUUUGUAUCAAGGCCCAUGGAAAAAACAAUAUUUAUCAUAUUCAUGCUAGUCGUUUCUCUCAUCUCUCUGUUGUUAAAUUUGAUGGAACUUAUUCAUCUAAGCUUUAAGUGUUUCCAACAUGGUAUAAAAGAAGGUGCAACUUGUUCUCCAACAGGGAUUCCAUUCAAUGGGGCCGGAAACCGAAUGCCCCCACAGGAAUACACCAAUCCUCCCUCUAGCAACCAGGACAUUGAUCUGCCAUCUUAUAACAAAAUGUCUGGGGGGCACAAUUGGUCACGUAUCCAGAUGGAGCAGCAAGUUAAUGGUCUUGUGAAACCCAAGUGUCAGUGUGACUGUUGGUCCCAAAGUGCUAUUUCUGUGGUGGUUUCUGGAGCACCAGGUAUAAUCUCAAACAUGGAUGCAGUCAAAAGUAAUCACCAGACCUCUUCCAAGCAGCAGUAUGUUUAAUAGAAUAGUAUGAUGGUUACCUUUCAAAUAUGCAGGUGAUAGUCCAACUUUGUGUGUUGAGUAGUGAAUUGUAGAUGGACCUCCAAGGAUUUCAGUAAGUCCAUGAAUCCAUGUGUUGAAUCCCUCUUUAUCCACAAGAUGAAUAGGCUUGUCUUAAUGAUCAAAGUGCAUAUUUUGAUUUUUUUGGGGGGGAAGAAGGUAUAUUGUUUUUUCGCACUCUAGGCUGAUAAAUGUCUAAACACUAAUUUGGUAUGUAUUAAUAAAAUAAAUAAAAUGAGCAAAUUAUUUACAGUCUA